CCAAGAAUUCCCACAUUUCCCCUGAGAAAGAGAAGCAAAUCGGCAGAGAGCGAAGCAAACCAGCCGGCGGUUCCUGGCCCCUCGCGAUGGCCGGCAAAGCUAGGGUGCUCAUGUGCGCGGCGCUCGUCGUCCUCCUGCUCCUUGUCGAGACCACCGCUCCCACUGGACAAGCUCACGCCGUCGAUUGCGGCAGCGCGUGCUCGUACCGGUGCAGCAAGUCGAGCCGGCCGAAUCUGUGCAACAGGGCGUGCAACACGUGCUGCCGGCGAUGCGACUGCGUGCCGCCCGGCACCGCCGGCAACGAGGGCGUCUGCCCCUGCUACGCCAACAUGACCACGCACAACGGCCGCCACAAGUGCCCGUGAUCCAACCGUCAUCUCAUCUCCACGGUCGAUCGCGACAAUAAAUAUCACAUCAAGCUAGCUACGAUCAAUGACUACUACUAGUAGACUGCCAGAGGCACGAUCGAUAUGAUAUCAUGUACUCAAACUAGCGCUUGCUACCUAUAUAUGUACCUUGUGCUCAUCCAUAAUAUUCGUGAUCGAUCCAUCGUAUAA